GUGGGCCCCGGCACCUUCCAGGCCGAGGCGGCGGGCUUCACGGGUCUGAGCGACCUGUGCCUGGCGUGGCGCACGGUGCCGCCGCUGCUGCACAACGGGUCUGACUUCGGCUACCUGGCGCAGCUGUGCGCCUCCGGCGACGACGAUGAGCUCAGGUGUGAGGUGUUGAGGGAAGUCGCCGUCACCGAGAGCUUCGCUGUGUUCCAGAACGUGUCCAGCUCGGCACCCUACACGCUGCGGGUGUCGGCACGCAACAGUGCGGGAGGCGGGCCGUGGGCGGCAGUAUGGGUUGCGGCGGCGCGCCCCGCCCCGCCCCUGCUGCCGGUGGUGGUAUGGCACGCCGGGGCGGGGCGGCAGGACGGCCUCUACGAGCUGCGCUGGGCCCCGGGGGGCGAGGGUAACCACACCGUCUACAUGUGCACCGGGGAGCACCAGAGUGCGCGGCCGUGCACGGGCCAGCUGUACUGGGCCUCGGCGGGCAACGCUUCCGCUGUCAACCUCACCCUGCGGGACUUCGGGCUGCAGGACGCCUCGCCCGCGCAGGUCUCCUUCGCGGUGUCCGCUGAGGAUGCCGCCGGCGCCUCCAGCGGCUUCUCCUGGGAUCGUUGCGGCGCCCCGCAGCCUUACAGCAGCAUGCGCGCCUCCCCGGAGCCGGGCGACCCCGUCACGAGCAGCUCUGGGGUGGAGUUGCCGUGGACACUGAGCUACUGCCAAUGGGCGGGCGUGGUGGAGGGAGCGGAGGCCACCUGCUGCCGCGGGGCGCACGCAUCGCCCAACAACUGUACAGAUGGGCGUGUGUCGGCGGCGGGUCAGCCGUGGGCGGGGGCUGUGAACGUGGCGGGGCUGGCGGCCGGCGAGGAGUACACGGCGUGGCUGCGGCUGCACUACCGCGGCGGCGCCUCGGCCUGGGCUGACGGCAGGACCUUCACGACUCCGCGGCGCCCCGUGGUGUGGUGGGUCCUGGUGUGCAGCGUGUUGGCGUCCGUGGUGGUCCUGGUGGUGUCCGUGGCCUUGCUGCGUCGCCUGCGAAGGUUAGUAGUGUCGCUGCUGUGCAACUUCCCGGCCCCCAGACAUGCAAGAUGCGCCUCUGGGUCAUCAUAUCCUCUCUCCUGGCAUAGUAGGUGUCAAAAAGGGAAAACUUAUAUAACACUGCAAGCAAGAAUCGGUCCCCUCAUCAGUCCCGCCCUCUCCCCCCUUCUCUGACCCCCGCCCCCUCCUCCUGACCCCCUCCCCCUCCCCAACUUCUCCAUUCCCCGCCCCCUCCUCCAGCCCCCCCCGCCCACU